AUGUUAUAUAUCAAAAAGAAAAAUCGGAACGUCUCUAUCGAAAUGCAUCACCACUCAUUUAUUCUCAGUAUCUCACUAUUAUUAAUCGGUUUUACUUGUUUCGCCAGUGGCCUCUUCUUUUUUAAAAGUCGAAAUACACCUGAACCAUCAUCACAAGCUUCAUCAUCUCCAUUAACAACGACUGGCAAUCCUAUAUCGAUGAAACCCUAUGUGACAGUACCACCGUCCACAUCGAGCGUGCCGAUGAUUACUGAAACAGUCGAUGAAGAGGGUAAUACUUAUGUAGGACAAAUCGAUUCUACUGGAAAGAAACAUGGUUACGGAGUGUUCACUUUCUUCAAUGGAUUGAUGAAAUAUAGUGGACGAUGGGACAAGAAUUACAUGUCAGGCUACGGGGAAAUGGUAUGGGCUGACAAACAUCGAUAUAUUGGCUAUUGGAGAGCUGGUCAAAGAUCAGGUUAUGGUAUCAUGAUCUGGCCAAGUGGUAAUCGUUAUCAAGGUGAGUCGUUUGUCUAUGAUUCUACUUUUUUAGAUAUCGAGUGCCAAGAAGACAGUAGAGUUUUCUUUUCCUGUAUCUUGAUGUUUAUUGAUUGUUUAGGAAAUUGGGUGAGAGAUAAAAGACAAGGACAAGGAAUUCAAACUCAACCCAAUGGUCAAAAGCAAAGUGGUAAAUGGUACAAUGAUAAUUUUAUCGGUAAUGAUGUUCAAACACAACGAUAUGCUGACGAUGUAUCAUUCACUGGCAAAGAUGAAAAGAAUAUCUUAAAUGAAACAGAACAGCAAUCAGAAACAAAUGAUAGAGCAGUUAAUCUGUAA